AUGGCGUCCUCCGUUAGCCGGCUUGCUACACGCUCUUUCGCUACGUCGCUUUUUUCUAAACUCAUCCGAGGUCGUCUCCAGUUUGCAUCCGCCACACAUGCGUAUCUUUCGGCGACGUUCUCGACCGCACAACAGGGAGGUUUGGCGGCUCACCCGAGCUCGCACAAAAAUGCGGUGACAUUGAGCCGGCUGACAGCCUUGCGAUGUCCUCACGUUAUCCCGGGACGAUCCUUCCGGACCAGCGCCAGAUGCGCCAACAAGCAAGACUUGUACGAGGUGCUGGGCGUCGCCCUCACCGCCUCACAAAAGGACAUCAAAAAGGCAUAUUAUCAGUUGGCAAAGAAGCACCACCCAGACACGAACCCAGAUGACCCGGAGGCCAAAGAGAAGUUCGCCAAGCUGGCCGAAGCCUACGAGGUGUUGAGCGACGAGGUGAAGAGGAAGCAGUACGACAUGUACGGCUUGGCGGGCUUCGACGCGAACCACGUGGGCCAGCAGCAGCACUACAGAGCGGGCAGCGCCAACGUAGACCCAGAGGACCUCUUCAGGAAGAUCUUCGGGGAUUUUGCCAGCGGCUUCCAAGACGUCAACAGCAUGUUUGAGCAACGGCCGGAGUUUGUGAUGGAGCUGACGUUUGCUGAAGCGGCGAAGGGCGUGGACAAGCAGCUCUCCGUCAACCUCGAGGAUGCCUGCCCGAGGUGCGACGGCAAGGGCAGCGAGCCAGGCACCAAAGUGUCGCACUGCCACUACUGCAACGGCACGGGCAAGGAGUCGGUACAGACGGGGCCCUUCAUGAUGCGCAGCGCGUGUCGACGCUGCGGCGGCAAGGGCUCCAUCGUAAUCACGCCCUGCGCUCUGUGCCGAGGUUCGGGUCAGACCAAGAAGAGGCAGACGGUCACGGUACCGGUUCCGGCUGGGGUUGAGCAUGGUCAGACUGUGCGCAUGGCAGUCGGCAAGAAGGAAAUUCUCAUUACGUUUCGGGUCCAGAGAAGCCCCGUGUUCAGGCGCAAUGGAAUCGACAUCCACUCCGACGUGCUGAUAUCUGUGGCCCAAGCCAUCCUGGGCGGCACGGCCACUGCGCAAGGCCUCCACGACACUAUCAGCAUCGUGAUUCCCGCAGGGUGCCAAGCAGAUCAGGUAAUCCGGCUGCAGGGGAAAGGCAUUCGCAGGAUGAACAGCUACAGCUACGGCGAUCACUACGUGCACAUCAAGAUCAGAGUGCCCAAGAAGUUGACGCGGAGGCAGCGUUCUCUGCUACUCGGUUACGCCGAGGAGGAGGCGGAUGUUCCUGGGACCGUUAAUGGUGUCAAUCCAUCUCCAGCUAAGCGUUUCACCGACACUGAAACAGGGGGAGGCAGCGCGUCACAUUCUGGUGAGAAGUCGAGCAGCUCAGAGGGAGAAGACAAACAAAAGACUGAGGACCAGGAGGAGGGUGGCUUCUUUUCUAAACUCAAGAAAAUGUUUAGCUGAAAUUACGCACACAAGGUCAACAUGGCAAAAGAAGAGGAUGAAUCCGUGAGGAUGCACGUUUGCAUGGAGGCAGUUGUAAAAGCUGUGGGUGGCGAAAGUGGCACAGGACUGUGGUAAUUAGUGUAAAAUAUUGUUCGUCUUUUUGAAACUUAUAUAUAAAAAUAUAUAUAUAAAUAAAGUCCACAGGGUAAUUUCAAGCUUUCGCUCAUUUUAGCUGAUAUGUGAAUGCAGCCGGUGGCGUUAUCACUUGCUGUGUGGUUUUGAAGCACUGCAGGGAGACUCCAAAGGCAAAACGCUGGCCGUUGCCUUUCUGUGCUUUUCGGACCGCAGAAAUUGUUCUGUUCUCAGCGUGCGGUUUACACACGACAACCGUAAACGUCCUCACAAAAGGCGACUAAGGCGUCCUUGUUAAAGCCAAGUAUGCGCGUACGCUCCAUGAGGCGGUUCUAUUGCACACAAAUGUUCCAAAUAAGUGAUGGAUUCCUUUUGCUACUUAUGUCUGUGCUGUGCUUAGAAACAAACAUGUUAUUGUGUUCUUAUUGGACCUAUAGCUGCAGGAUUUCCAAAGCCAUAAGUCCAAAGAAUAAUCACUACUCAACAUCAGUCAGAACCACAAAAACAACAGCCAUGCAAUAUGCAUGUAUACCACCACAAAAAUGUAUCAUAGAAUUAAUAUAAACGCCAACUAAUAUAAUGUAAUAACUUUCUGAUGACGACGUUCUCUUGUAAUCUAGUACAAGCUCGUAACUUUUCAACUCAAUUAUUAGAAAAGUACUUUGAAAAUAUGCAUUUUUUUCUUUAAAAAAAUAUUUUUUUUUACUAAAAUUUAAAAAAUGACUGCUUUUUCUUUAAAACAUGCAACCUUUACUCUAAAGAAGAAGAGGUUAUAUAUGUAAAUAAAUUUGUGCAACAGAAGCCUGCGAAUGACUAUAGAUGUGAUUUAUUGUUCUCUAAUAGGAAUUUGUAGUGGAACUGUUUGAGGCUUCAGGCUACAUCCCUAUUGCAUUUUCCAGCUAUUAAAUCACAACUAUAGUCAUUGGCAGGCUUCUGUUGCACAAUUUAUUUAGGUAUGUAUUCGC